GACUUCAUAUAUAUGGUCUGUACAUAAACAAGAACUACUUUUCCAUGAGUUCUGUUCAAAGUCACCUUCAUGCUGCACUUUGUAGACCAGAGGACUGUCAGUCUGUCCAACAUCCAUCUGGUGUUUGACUUAUGAUGUUUCCUUUAUCUAUUAUUCUGUUCCAGCUGCUGGAGGACAAUAUUGUCACUUUUGUGAAGAAAGAACUGAAGAAGAUCCAGAAAGUUCUGAGUUCAGAUUACCCAGAAUGUUCAGAGAGUCAGAGAGAUGAUGAUGAGGUGUUGGGAGGUGAUGAUGAAGAACAGAGGAGGAGCAGCAGAGAGGCAGUGAUGAAGAUCACACUGAACAUCCUAAGGAGAAUGAAGCAGGAGGAGCUGGCUGACCAUCUGCAGAGCAGACAUUUCGCUGCAGUUUGUCAACAUCAACUUAAAUCUGGUCUGAAGAAGAAGUUCCAGUCUGUGUUUGAGGGGAUUGCUAAAGCAGGAAGUCCAACCCUUCUGAACCAGAUCUACACAGAGCUCUACAUCACAGAGGGAGGGACUGGAGCGGUCAAUGAUGAACAUGAGGUCAGACAGAUUGAAAUAGCAUCCAGGAAAACAGACAGACCAGAAACAACAAUCAGACAAGAAGACAUCUUUAAAGUCCCACCUGGAAGAGAUCAACCAAUCAGAACAGUAAUGACAAAGGGAGUGGCUGGCAUUGGGAAAACAGUCCUAACACAGAAGUUCACUCUGGACUGGGCUGAAGACAAAGCCCACCAGAACAUCCAGUUCAUAUUUCCAUUCACGUUCAGAGAGCUGAAUGUGCUGAAGGAGAAAAAGUUCAGCUUGGUGGAACUUGUUCAUUAUUUCUUUAGUGAAACCAAAGAAAUCUGCAGCUUUGAACACUUCCAGGUUCUGUUCAUCUUUGAUGGCCUGGAUGAGAGUCGACUUCCUCUGGACUUCCUCAACAAGGAGAUCCUGACUGAUGCUACAGAGUCCACCUCAGUGGACGUUCUGCUGACAAACCUCAUCGGGGGGAAACUGCUUCCCUCUGCUCUCCUCUGGAUAACCACACGACCUGCAGCAGCCAAUCAGAUCCCUCCUCAGUGUGUUGGCAUGGUAACAGAGGUCAGAGGUUUCAAUGACCCACAGAAGGAGGAGUACUUCAGGAAGAGAUUCAGAGAUGAGGAGCAGGCCAGCAGGAUCAUCUCCCACAUGAAGACAUCACGAAGCCUCCACAUCAUGUGCCACAUCCCAGUCUUCUGCUGGAUCACUGCUACAGUUCUGGAGGAUGUGUUGGAGACCGGAGAGGGAGGAAAGCUGCCCAGAACCCUGACUGAUAUGUACAUCCACUUUCUGGUGGUUCAGACCAAAGUGAAGAAGGUCAAGUAUGAUGGAGGAGCUGAAACAGAUCCACACUGGAGUCCAGAGAGCAGGAAGAUGAUUGAGUCUCUGGGAAAACUGGCUUUUGAUCAGCUGCAGAAAGGAAACCUGAUCUUCUAUGAAUCAGACCUGACAGAGUGUGGCAUCAAUAUCAGAGCAGCCUCAGUGUACUCAGGAGUGUUCACACAGAUCUUUAAAGAGGAGAGAGGGCUGUACCAGGACAAGGUGUUCUGCUUCAUCCAUCUGAGUGUUCAGGAGUUUCUGGCUGCUCUUCAUGCUCAUCGAACCUUUAUCAACUCUGGUUCUGACGUGAUGAAUGAAACACAAAGAUCUAAGAAGUCUUCAUUAUUUAAUAAACCUAAACUAAAGUCUCUCCAUCACAGAGCUGUUGACCAGGCCUUACAAAGUCCAAAUGGACACCUGGACUUGUUCCUCCGCUUCCUCCUGGGACUUUCACUGCAGACUAAUCAGAGACUCCUACAAGGUCUGCUGACAAAGACAGAAAGUAGCUCACAGACCAAUCAGAAAACAGUUCAGUUCAUCAAGAAAAAAAUCAGCAAAAAUGUGUCUGCAGAGAAAAGCAUCAAUCUGUUCCACUGUCUGAAUGAACUGAAUGAUCGUUCUGUAGUGGAGGAGAUCCAACAGUCUCUGAGUUCAGGAAGUCUCUCCACAGAUAAACUGUCUCCUGCUCAGUGGUCAGCUCUGGGUUUCAUCUUAGUGUCAUCAGGAAAAGAUCUGGAUGUGUUUGACCUGAAGAAAUACUCUGCUUCAGAGGAGGUUCUUCUGAGGCUGCUGCCAGGGGUUAAAGCCUCCAACAAAGCUCUGUAAGGACACAGAUUGUUG